UCUAAACAUGAAGAGGAGCAGGAGGAAGAUUUAUCAGAAGCUGAUCUUCCUAGGAUCCAGCAGCAGAUAGCUGAACUUCAGAGUCAGUUUGACCUUGCUGUAGAAGAGAAGCAUUCUCUAGAAGUAGAGCUGCAGUCAAUGAAUGAUCGUCUGAAAGCUGCAAAAGAAAUGGCUGACAGCCUUCAGUUACAAGAAAGCAAGUGGAGACAGAGUGUGAAAGAUAAUGACAGCAAUAAACUACUACUAGCAAAUUGCAUCACAGCAGCAGCGACCUUGACCUACUGUGGAGCUCUCUAUAUAUGCAAUUAUGUUUACAGGCGUCGAAUGGGAGAGUUUUUUAUGCAAGUCUGUGAACAUCAUGGCUUACCGCUUCACAAAAAACAGCUCUUCAGAAAUUUCGGACUAGCAGACUUUUUGUACACACCACUCAACAUCAUAAAGCUUCAGCAACUACAGCUGCCCACAACUCCAUUGAUGUUGGAGAACUUUUGUUUUCUUAUGCAUGAUGCCAGCUUGUUUGCUUGGCCCCUAGUCUGUGAUCCGACAUCACGUUUUGUUGACUGGCUCAAGUUUCUGCAUGCGGACAGAGAACUGGUUGUUGUCAGGCAUCAUGAAGUUCGCUCACACCUGGAAAGCUGUCUCUCUGAGGGAACAACACUUCUAGUAACAGACUGUGAUGUCAACAGUUUGGUGAAUGACCCAAGGUUUACCAGCACAAUAAAGAACUGCCGUAACUUCAUUCUUGGGAAAGCCAGAUUUAAAGUUAUUGUUGCAGACCAUGAGGUUGAGUGUGAUCCAGGGUUCCGACUUUUCCUCCACACAACAACUGAGCCGCAGAUGUGUCCACAUGAGCUGGCCGUGCUCACUUCAGUGAUCUUUUUCCAGCUGUCCAGAGCAGGAAUUGAGGAAGAACUUUUGGAUGUUUUUAUGGCACAGGAAAAGUCCAGGCUUGACACUGAGCAGACAGCUUUGAGGAAGGAAAAACAGGAAAACCUGGAAACAUUAGAAAAGCUGGAAGAUCAGAUGAGAGCUCAGUUGUCUAGUGAUGUUAGGCUGAUGAGCGACCUGCAGGCCACCAAAAGAGUGAUAGAACUUCAGCAACAUUAUGAUGAGACACUGGAGAGUCUUGCUCAGAUUGAAGCCAGUGAGAAUUCCAUACUUAAAGCCAGGGACAGCUUCCGUGCUGUUGCCAAGCAGGCUGCAGUUAGUUUUGAUGCAGCCCAGUACAUGAGAUACAUCAAUCCUCUGUACCAAAUUUCUUUCAAGCAGUUCACCUCCAUGUUUAAAACAGCUAUAGUUCAUUCAGAAAGAUCGUCCGUUAAAGCAGUAAUUGACACACUCACCUAUAGUGCUUUUCUGAUGGCAGCCAGGGGAUUUUUGGACAAAGACAGAUUUUUUUAUACCUUGCUGUUGGCAAUUGAGGUGGAUGACUCUCAAGGAAAUGUUGGUGUGGGGGAAAGGGAGUUCAUUAUCUCCCCUAGCCUCAGUGCUUCUGUUAUGUCAGCAAUUACAGCCAGCCAGAGUAUGGACUCCAGUGUUACCCAAUAUAAGAAGCCAUUUGAUUGGAUGACAGAUGACCAGUUCCACAAUUUGCAGAUUUUGGCAACUCACUUUGAUUGGUUCAAAAAUAUCUUUGACCGCAUGACCAAAGAUGGACGAGAGACACUGUGGAGAAAUUUAUGUGAAAGUGAAUGUCCAGAAAAUGUAGCACUGCCAGACAGACUGGAUGACAAUCUUAAUGCCAUACAGAGACUGUGCAUCUUACGAGCUGUCCGAAGUGACAGAAUGCUACCUGCCAGCUCAAAUUUUAUAUGUCAAGUGCUAGGCAAAAAGUACCUCGCAGAUAUUCCCCCAGAUCUGCCUAUGGUUUACAAGCAAAGCACUGCAAGCCUUCCAGUCUUGCUACUGUUUGACACCCAGGCAGAAAUGACAGUGAAGAUUUUCCAGGACUUCUCCACGAAGAAACAGAUCAACUAUCUAACAAUCAUGUUAGCAGACAACAGUACAAUACAAGAAAAGGCGGUGAAAAGACACAUUCUCAAGGCAAUGGCUGAGGGUACCUGGGUGUUGCUGCACAAUGCACACAACAGCCCACAUCUCCUGGGAUUAGUCGAGUCAAUACUUCAAGAAGGACUCCAGCAAUGUGACCCUAGUUUUCGUUUAUGGAUAUCAUCCCAUGUAAAGUCACCUGUUCCUGUCCACGUGCUUCAGAACUCUGUGAAAGUUGUUGUGGACAGUCCACAGGUCAUGAGAGAUAGCCUUAUGCGGAGCUUUACUUUGAUGGAUGCUGACAUUUUGAAACGGUCAAAUAGAUCUGAGUGGCCGGUUCUCUUGCAUAAUUUAUGUUAUCUUCAUGCAGCAAUACAGCUGAGAACUCGAUUUGGCACCAAUGGGUGGAAUCUCCCAUAUGAUUUUGCUUCACUUGGAAAUUGGGAACUUCAGGAAGCAAUAAAUUUUGCAUUGGGGGAGUUUAAAGAUCCUCUGUUUGCCAUGGCAGCGGAUGGUUCUAUGGUACCCCGAACAACAUCCUGGGCUGGCAUCCGUUACAUGUUAUCUGAGAUUGUAUAUGGCAGUCAUGUCACUGACAGUUAUGACCAGCAUAGUCUGAGUGCAAUGAUAGAAUUCUGGUGUGGAUCUAACGCUUUGAAGAAAGACUUUGAA